CAAGUGAGGGUGGGUUGAGAUCAUCCUCAUGUUGCAGCGUCCGGAUGGCUUGCUCUCUCGCCGCUUUCACCUUGACCGUCUUCUCCUUGCGGUUAACAAGCGCGUUGAUAGCCCCGGAGAUACUGCGGGUCGUGUCUCCCCGCCCUAUCAAUUGAUCUGCCGGCAGAAGACGAAAUAUAUCAAUGCCAAUUUCCUCCCCUAGCUGAAGCUCGACGAGCUCAAUUACAACCAUAUAUUAAUAUAUAUCCGCCGCCGCCAAACACGCUCCGAUCAUUGUCAUCAAUUUCAAGUGUUUAUAUAUAUAUAUCUGCUUGCCAUGGACCGGCCCGUGUCUGCCGAGCAUUAUGCAACGGAAAAGCACGAGAUGAGCAACAAGAUUGAUCCGCAGCCAGAAGGCAUCAUGACCAAGGAGGCAACGGAGAGAAGCGAGGGCGAUGUCGAAAUAUACAUUGACCCCAAAAAAGAAAAGAAACUGUUGCUCAAAUUGGAUCUCUUCUUGAUUCCUGUGGUCAUGCUUGUCUACAUUGCCUGUUAUCUGGAUCGUUCUAAUAUUGGUAACGCGGUUGCUGGUGGCUUGCCUGCCGAUAUCCAUGCUUCAUCGCAACAAAUCUCGGUAGCAGUGUCUAUUCUCUUUGUGACCUAUGUCACGCUCGAGACGCCGUGUGCCAUUAUAAUGAAGAAGGUGACGCCACGCGUCAUGAUCACGUCCUUGACUUUUAUUUGGGCUCUUGUGACCAUCUUCACCGGCUUCAUCCAAAGCAUCGGCGGCCUAUACGCCACGCGGUUGCUUCUCGGCGCCUGCGAGGCUGGGUUGUUCCCCUGCUUAAACCUUUACUUGACCAUGGUCUACCGUCGCGAGGAGCAGGCCAAACGAGUGUCGUACUUGUUUAGUAGUGCUGCCCUUGCUGGAGCAUUUGGUGGUCUCUUGGCCUAUGGUCUUCUUCAAAUGGAUGGCGUUGCUGGCAAAGCUGGAUGGAGAUGGCUUUACAUUAUCGAAGGCAUUCUCACCAUUCUCUGCGCUGCUGCUGCAUGGUUCGGUCUUCCAAAUGACCCCAGCAAGGCGUAUUUCCUUAACGCCGAGGAGCGUGAGCUGGUCAAGCUUCGGAGGCUUCAGGCGCAAAAAUAUCUUGGAAGCGAGGAAUUCUCCUGGCAAGAGGUCAAGGCCGCCCUUUGCGAUCCAAAGCUCUACAUCAGCGGCUCCAUCCAGUUCUGUCAGGAUAUUCUCCUGUAUGGAUUCAGCACCUUUCUUCCAUCCAUUCUGAAGAGCAUGGGAUACAACAAGCUGCAGAGCCAGUACCUUACCAUUCCCGUCUACAUCUUUGGCGCGCUAUGCUUCUUCGCUGUCGCAUUCGCCUCUGAUUACUUCCAAAAGCGUGGACCGUGUCUUCUCGUGACCAACAUUUUUGGAAUCGCAGCAUACAUUAUUCUCAUCGCAUCCUCCAAUGACGCUGUCAAGUAUUUUGCAUGUUUCCUCGCCGCCAUUGCCGUAUACAACGGUCCCGGUAUCAAUUUGACAUGGCUCAAUGUCAACGUGGCACCGCACUACCGUCGCGCCACGGCCAUUGGCGCCCAGCAGACCAUCGGCAAUCUUGCAGGUAUCGUUGCCGGCCAAAUUUACCGCAAAGCACCAUACAAGCUGGGCAACAGCUUCUCCUUGGGAGCUGUUUGCGUCGUGCAGUUCAUCAUUGCGGGCAAGAUUAUGUACAUUCGAUGGUUGAACCGAAGAAAGGAGAGAAUUGCCAGUGGCGAGAUCGCAGACAGCCGGACGAGAACCACGACUGGUGAUGCCGAGCUGGACUUUAAGUACCACUACUAAUGUUUUGGAUCGUCUCCGUCUCGGCCUCGUUCUCAUUCCCAUACCUUUAAUUUCUUUCCAUCCUCUUUUCAUGCUGCACUCGAUAUCUCUUUCUAUAUUGCGCUCCACCUUUGCAGCCAGCUUUGCAGCCAGUCUCGCUAUGAAACAUGAUAUUAUCUAAGCCGAGGAAUUCCAUUUAUGAAUCUUAUUGUACAUCUACACCCAAUAGACUUUCGUGUUGAAAACGUAUGCUGGAUCAUACGUUGUCCAGAUACCACUACCUGU